AUGGCAGUGAUCGUAAAGCAUGAACCAAUAAGUUUGGAAAUACGCACGAAAUCAAUUGAAAAAACUCUUAUACCAUUAGUUACCCAAAUAACCACUUUAGUGAAUGCAAAAGAGAAAGCAAUUAAAUCUGAGAAAACAUUAAGGGCAAUUGUUCAUGUUGGGCAAGCUGUAAACUUUGCUGUGCAAAAGUUUGUGUCUGUUGGGGAAGCUAUUGCUGAUGAUAAUGAAGAAAUAAAAUCAGAUAUGUACGAAGCAUGCAAAGAUGCUAGAUCAGCUGGUUCUAUCAUUGAGCAAUUAUGUGGAGUGCAACAUGAUGAAUGCGGUCAGUUGAGAUCAUAUGCAGACAAAAAUAAUAUGGUUAGAGCUGCAAGAACACUCUUAUCUUCUGUGACCCGGGUUUUGUUAUUGGCUGAUACAGUUGUGGUUAAGCAGCUUAUGCUAGCUAAAGAUAGAGUUUCUAUUAGCUUAAACAGACUAGAACAUGCUGUGAAUUUUACAGAAUUUGUAAAAGCAUUCAGUUUGUUUGGUAGUGAGAUGGUUGAACUUGCUCAUUUAACUGGUGAUCGACAAAAUGAUUUGAAAGAUGAGUGCCGUCGUGCUCAAAUGGCUGUAGCUAGACAAAUUUUAGAAAGAUCAACAAUGAUGCUUUUGACCUCAUCUAAGGUUUGUUUUCGGCAUCCUGAAUGUCAUUCAAGUAGAGAAAAUAGGGAUACUGUAUUUUUGCAGAUGCGUCAAGCUAUGGAAAUCAUUCAUUUUGUUGCAAAAGAUGGAAUGAUUGGUGAUCAUUCUAAUGAAAUGCAGUCACAGGCUAGAUCACAUCUUGCGGUUUCAUUGCUAUUAUGUUCCGAAGAACUUGAACAGAGCAACUCUAUUUAUAAUGCAAUAAAGCAUUUUGAGGAUAUUGUUGAAAUCACUCGUAUGACUUUAGUAGGUCCAAUGUAUCGUGAACGACUUACGAGUGCCUUGGAUAGUGUUAUGGAAAGGAUUCAAGAUUUUACAGACUCUGCUUAUACAUCUAAUGCUCAUCGAGAAAAAGUCCUUUUGUUAUGUGAUAGAUCAAAGCUUGAAUUGAAUCAACUUCUCAGAGUUGGUGUUACUUUGGAUCAAGCGGGGGUCACAUCUCCUACUGAGGAUUUAGAAGCUGCUAUUCUACAAGUUUUGCGUGCUGCUAAGGAUUUAAAGCAGGAGCUUCAAGAUACUGCACUUGAUCAAGCACAAGAAUUAGUGAAAUUAUUUGAUGAAGUAAACAUCCUAAGUUUUAUGAAAACUUCUGCACUUGCUGGGGACCAAGAAAGGCUGGAAGAAUAUUCAGAAAAAUUUACUGAAUAUGCCGAGCAUGUUCGAGAUGCUUGCAAACUCCUUCAUCAUAUUGCAAGUACUGAAUCCCUUCAAGUGAGCUCAAAAAAUACUGAAUCAUGCUUAAAAGCUUUUUCCUCACAGGUUUUAAAUGCCUGCAGAACAGUAUCAAUGCAUCCAGUUUGUGAAAUAUCAAAAGAAAACCUUGAAGUAUUCUUAGAAAUGUGGAGUUUACUCUGCCAGGAUGUAGUUUCUUUGUAUAAAGAAAUAAGUGAAUUGUGUCGGCGUGAUAUACAGUAUAAAACAGUUUAUAUGUCCUUGCCUAGGCCAGGGAAACAUGGAACUACUAGCAAGCAACUGAAACCAGUUAAACUUGAUGUAGAGGAACAAGCAAAAAUUGCUAAACUAGGCUUAGAAAUGAAGCUAUUGACGUCUGAAAUUGAUGCGGAAACUGAAAGAUGGCCGUCAUCUGAAAAUGAUCUCUGUAAAAGAGCUCGGAGUAUGUCUCAAAUGGCCUUUUCAAUGUACCAAUUCACAAGAGGUGAAGGAGAUCUGAAGACAACUCAGGAUUUAUUUACGCAGGCAGAGUUCUUUGCUGAAGAAGCAAAUAAGCUGUACAAAUUUGUCCGUCAAUUUUCGUAUCAGGUUCCUGGUGGAACACAUAAAAAUGAGUUGCUUGAGUUUCUCGAUAAAGUUCCAACAUUUGUGCAGCAGCUUCAAUUUACUGUAAAAAACCCUACGGUUGGAAAAGCAGCUACUUUUACGAAGGUAGAUAAUGUAAUUCAAGAAACUAAGAAUUUAAUGAAUGUUAUCUCAAAAGUUGUUACAACUUGUCUUCUUUGUGCCACAAAGUUUGGAAUUGACUUUCAGAGUUUAAUCAGUCAAGGUCAAAAUUCUUCACCAUAUCAAAGUGAAUUUGAAGAUUAUAUGUUUGAGAAGACAAAUGCAGAUAAUCUAGGCACAAAAGAUUCUGGCCAGAAUUCAUCAAAGCCUAACAUUUGA